AUGUUGUGUUCUGUCUUUAUCUCCCACUUCAAGGUCGCGUUGCUUCACUCUCCAUUUACAGAGAAAGCUACAAUGAAAAUCGCAAACUUCACCCUCUUCUUCUUCUUCUUCUUCUUCCUCCUCUUCUCUCCUUCACUACCUCUAUCUCAAUCACAGCCUCCAGAGCUCGACCCACAAGACAAAGCCUCCUUACUCAUCUUCCGCGUCUCGAUCCACGACCCUAACCAAACCUUAUCAACAUGGUACGCCUCAACAUGUUCCAACUGGACAGGUCUAUCCUGCCAAAACCCCACCGGAAAAGUCACCUCCCUCACUCUACCCGCCUCGAAUCUCUCCGGUCAGAUUCACACAUCUCUCUGUAAGCUCACUUCUCUUCAAAUCUUGGACCUUUCAGGAAACAAUUUCUCCGGAAACAUCCCCACUUGCUUCGGCGCGUUGCGUGAUCUCAAAACACUGAAUCUUAGCCGCAACAGUUUGGUUGGUUCGAUUCCUGGAACGUUUGGUAACCUCAAGGAGCUUAGAGAACUCGUUCUUAGCGAGAAUCGAGGUUUGAGAGGUGUUGUUCCUCUCUGGGUUGGUGAAUUGAUGAAUCUUGAAAGGAUUGAUUUGAGUUUCUGCUCGUUUCUUGGAGAGAUACCUGAAAGGUUACUGUAUUUGAAAUCAUUGAAGUUUCUGAAUCUUGAAGGGAAUAACUUAACCGGUACACUUAGAGAUUUUCAACAGCCUUUAGUGGUGCUUAACCUCGCUUCAAACCGGUUUUCCGGUACAUUGCCUUGCUUCUACGGUUCUCGUCAUUCUCUUAGUGUUAUGAAUCUUGCUGACAACUCUCUCGUUGGUGGAUUACCUUCUUGUUUGGGUUCUCUAGCAGAACUGACUCAUCUAAAUCUUUCUUUCAAUGGAUUUACCUACGAGAUAUCUCCACGGCUUAUGUUUUCGGAGAAUCUAGUGUUGCUAGACUUGUCUCACAACGGGUUCUCAGGCCGUCUCCCUAGCAGAAUCUCUAAGACGACUGAGAAACUUGGUGUGGUUCUUCUCGAUCUCUCUUACAAUAGAUUCUCUGGUGAGAUACCCUUGAGGAUCACCGAGUUAACGCGCUUACAAGCAUUGCGUCUCUCUCACAAUCUUCUCUCUGGAGAUAUCCCCGCGAGGAUCGGGAACCUGACGUAUCUACAAGUCAUUGAUCUCUCUCACAACGCGUUGACCGGUUCGAUCCCUCUCAACAUUGUAGGUUGCUUUCAGUUAUUAGUCUUGAUGAUCAGCAACAACAACCUCUCCGGGGAGAUACAACCGGAGCUCGACGCGUUGGACAGUCUUAAGAUACUUGACAUAAGUAACAACAGGAUCUCUGGUGAGAUCCCGCUUACUUUAGCGGGUCUUAAGUCGUUAGAGAUUGUGGAUAUAAGCUCCAACAACCUUUCGGGAAACUUAAACGAGGCGAUUACGAAAUGGUCUAAUCUCAAGUACCUCUCUCUUGCAAGAAACAAGUUUAGUGGAACACUUCCUUCUUGGUUGUUCAAGUUCGAUAAGAUUCAGAUGAUGGACUACUCCAGCAAUAGAUUCUCUUGGUUCAUACCUGACGAUAACUUGAACAGUACACGGUUCAAAGAUUUUCAAACCACUGGAUCUGCACCAGGGAAGGUAGAGAUUAAGAUAUCAGCGAAUGUGGUUGCUAAAGACGAACUAAGCUUCAGUUACAAUCUCUUAUCGAUGGUUGGGAUUGAUCUUUCUGAUAAUCUGUUACACGGAGAGAUACCUGAAGCUUUGUUCAGACAGAAGAACAUAGAGUACUUGAACUUGUCGUACAACUUCCUUGAAGGUCAGCUUCCAGAUUUGGAGAAGCUGCCAAGGCUAAAGGCAUUGGAUCUUUCACACAACUCUUUAUCAGGUCAAGUCACUGGAAACGUGACGACUCCACCAGGGCUGACGCUUCUGAAUCUAUCUCACAACUGUUUCUCUGGGGUCGUUACCGAGAAACAAGGGCUUGGGAAGUUUCCGGGGGCUUUGGUCGGGAACCCGGAGCUUUGUGUGGAGUCUUCAGGGAACAAGUGUGAUCCUGCGGAGAUUGAUGGAUCAGAAGAGGAGAUAUAUCAGAAUGAGUUGGUGGAAGGACCGAUAUCGAUUUGGAUAUUUUGUUUGAGUGCGUUUAUUAGCUUUGAUUUUGGUGUGUUGGGUGUGUUCUGCUCGUCUCGUGCUCGGAGUUAUAUUCUUCAGACCAAAGGUUGAACUUGUCUGAAUCGUACUGAUCUGAUAAUGUAUAUUCUAUUUCUAACACACUUUUGUUGUCUGAGAUGUGAACGGUUUACAUAUGACGAAUUUCCAAAUGUGUUGUUGUUUGUUUUACUAGUCAGUCCUAUAUAUGCUUAUCUCAAAUGUUGGUUUGUGUAUAGAACUUAAACCGGUUUACUUUGACCGGAGACCUUUUCAAUCAUGACUGAAUGUUUU